GCAAAAGUCGGGUUUGUGCAAUAAAGUGUAGCUAUACGCUUGUGCUUUUUUAAGUGUUCACUGUUUAGGCAAACAAAGGCAGUUCAAUGAAAAUGUCCUUUCAAAAUGAUCACGGCCCUUGGGAGGCCAAUAAUGAGUAUAAGGGAGGCGAUGUACCCAAUUACCAUGGUGACAUAUCGACAUAUGGCAGUCUGUGGGAUCCGCAUCACUGUCUCCCGGGUCAAAAUCCGGGUUUCGGCGCCUAUCCGGAUAUUAUCACCGCGUUCAAUAGCGAGCUGGUUUGGCAACAGCAAUGCGGCGGUCUCGUGGGCAACCGCAUAUCCAGGAACGGCUCGCCCAACAAUCCGACGCAGUCGCAGAAGAAACCGCGGCGAAGGGUCGCGACGAUAGCGCAACGUCGCGCGGCGAACAUACGCGAGAGGAGGCGAAUGUUCAAUCUGAACGAGGCGUUCGAUAAGCUCCGUCGCAAGGUGCCCACAUUUGCGUACGAAAAGCGGCUAUCGAGAAUCGAAACGUUGCGAUUAGCGAUAACCUACAUCAGCUUUAUGACCGAACUCCUGCACGGGACGAACCCCGAACAUAAGGGCAACGAUAUUUAUCCACAACGCGAAUAUAUUUCGUACGGAAUUAUUAGUUAAUCUGUGCUUGUAUGUAGUAGUUAAUUAAUGUAAGUCUUCCAUGAACAUA